AUGACAGAGCUGCAGCGACAGCUGGAGCGGGAAGUGGAGGCGUUUCGGGAGGUGCAGAGAGAUAUGCAGAAGACCAUGCAGGCCAAGGCGCAGCUGCUGUCCCAAAGCAAUGAGAACGAAAUGGUGAUCGAGGAGCUGGGGCGGCUGGAUGAGGACUCAAAUGUUUUCAAGCUCAUAGGGCCGGCCCUCAUCAAGCAGGCGCGGCCCAUACGCCGCGACCCCUCUCAAUGCAGCGCGCCUCUCCCAGACAACGCAGCGCCCGGGCGAGCAGCAGCCUGCCACGCUGCCGUCCAAGCCACAGCCUUGAACGUCAACGCAGACCUCACCGAGGCGCGCGCCAACGUGAACAAGCGGCUGGAGUACAUCAGGGGCGAGAUGGCGCGCGUCGACGCGCAGAUCAAGUCGCUGCAGGACAAGGGGUCGGCGCGGCAGCAGGAGAUCAUGAAGCUCCAAAAACGCGUGGCGGGGGCGGCUGGCGGCAGCUGA